AGUAUGGCGGCUUUCCAUUUUGUUUUGUUUGAAACGUGAACGAUAUGUUGUUUGGUUGAGGGCAAGAAUAACGGAGUUGUUUUGACCUUAUGUCAUAUUUGUUGAAGCCAGAUUUUUCAAAUGUGUAGUUGUAAUGACAAACACAUCGGCCUACGGAACGUAUUCUUAAAUCGAUGAACUUAUACCUGCACAACUCCCCUUUGGAUUUUUUUCUUUAGUCUCUAUAGAAUUCUUGGAAAUGGUCUUGGUGGCAAGGUCAGCUGAUUGGAAAACUGGAAAGUGCCGUUGUACUGUUCAUCUAUGAACACAUCAUGUGUGGGAGACCUUGUAUGUGUAGGUUCAUGCAAGGUACUAGCUGAUAGAUACAUACUGAAAGGAAAUUGUAUAUAUGCAACCAAAUUCAACAACUACCAUGUCCAAUGCUGCAAAAUUGUUACAACAGCUUGAGCAUCUGAGGAGAAAUGGCCACCCUGAAAGUUAUCUGAUGGUUGAAGUAAGUGGGAAUCACAGCAUUCUUUGUGAUGAAAAACUCUAUGUUCCUCACAUUGACAAGAACAAGCCAGUCACCUGGACUUUUACGGUUGAAUCAAGUAGUCGUGUCAGACAGUGGUGUAGGUUGCGCCAUGUGUUCACACUCAAUCCAUACCUCCCAGAGUUCAGCAUUGUCCAGGUGAAUGCUAGUGAUCAACCAGGGGUUCCUCUAAGGGCAGAGUGUCAAGAGUGGCAAAACACCACUGGCCGUCCAGUUACAGCAUACCAAAUCACGUUCCGUUUUGUAUCUGCACACUAUGGCAGCUUUCAGCAGCGAGUUGUGUUUGAUUUUGCUGAGCAGCCAUUGGUUUACAGGCAGCUUGAAGUGGUAGUAGCCCCAGAAACUGAUUUAUUGCAUACAAUCCAGUAUCCUGUUGUCUGUGAAGAUGACAGCGAGUUAUCCUGGCUUGGAACAGGUCAAGUUGUGCCUUUUGAUCCAACUGAUAUUAAAGUCCAAAGGAAAUCCGCUUAUCAUCUCCCACCUGCCCUUGGUACAGCUCUAGAGUUGGGUCAUUUUGAUCAUCUGGAGGAACGCCUAACUCGUGGGAUGUACAAGCAGCGUUUGCACGUGCUUCUUCACAUCGAAGAAUUUGAGCGUCGACGACAGAUGACGAGGCUCACCAUACACUGCACAGAUCUUCUUUAUUGUACUCAGCCAUGUGCUACUGACCCGUCCCAGCUUACUAUUGUCCUUCCCGUCCAUGAGGAACUCAUGGAUGAUGCGACUCUCCUAAUCAAACGUGGAGGCCAUGCUCUGGUUAGAUUCCAACCACGCGGCAUGCAAAAUACUCUCCUGUACGAGGUGUUAGUAGAGAGUUUGAAGAAGAAUCGUGUAUUACUGCGUGCUAGCGCCGCACUAAAGGAAAGGCUCAGAUCUAAGGGGCCGCUUCCAGCUUCUGUUUGUUUUCGUUUCGUGGACACAUACCAACACAUGCACUCAGCAAUAGAGAAUGUCAAUUUAGAUGUUGUAUUCCCGGCUGUUCCGGAAGGAAUUAUCGAACAGUGGUCAAAUCCCUCGACGUGUGCCAAGGUGCUAAACGAAUCUCAAACCUAUGCCCUGAAAAAGAUGUUGUCACCUCAGCCGGGACCUCCUCUGUUGAUUCUGGGUCCAUUUGGUACAGGAAAGACCAGGACAAUUGCUGAAGCUAUAAAGGAACUUAUCUCGAUUCAGUUAAAAAGCUCAGCGAACUAUCGAAUUCUUCUUUGUACGCAUUCCAAUAGCGCAGCCGAUCAUUACAUCAAAAAUCAUCUCCAUCCUUUCCUAACAACCUCAAAUAUUUCAGCUUCGAGAUUCAAACCCUUGCGCAUUUGUUGGGAAAAUCGUUUUGUUAGCACCGUCUCUGACACAGUGCUUCAAUAUUGUCUUCUGGAUUUGCACAGUGGAAAAUUCGCAAUGCCUAACAUGGAUUCACUGAUGCAACACAGAGUUGUGGUAACUACUCUUGUCACAGCAGCCUCCCUGGCUAAUCUUAAUCUGCCCCCUGGAUUUUUUAGUCACAUCUUUAUUGAUGAAGCUGCUCAAGCUAUGGAAGCAGAAACGAUCAUCCCGCUGUGCUUUGCAGGACACAAUACACAGGUGGUCCUAGCAGGAGAUCAUCUUCAGCUUAACCCGCCAAUCAUGUCUCUGGUCUCUCAACGACUGGGUCUUGGUCGCUCUCUCUUAGUACGUCUCCAUGAGCUGUAUCCAUCAAUGUCACGAUGGAAGGUCCGACUGCUUCAAAACUACAGAGCCUAUGAUGAUAUUGUGGACGUCCCAUCUCAUUUGUUUUACCAAGACACGCUUGUUGCUGAGUUGAAGCGCCCUCGUGACCUACCGUAUUCUAUCGUCUUCUAUGGUGUACAUGGACAGGAAGAAAUCGCAGAUGAUCCGCCGUCUUUCCUAAACAGAGGAGAAGCGGCAGAGGUGGCUGAUCGUGUGGAGGAAUUGAUUAAUCAAUGGCCAACUCCUUUCUGGGGAGAGGCUGACCCAGCGCGCAUUUGUGUACUCUCUCCGUAUCCAACACAGGUGAGAGAAAUCAGAAGACUCCUGCGAGCCAAAUCCUUGAGCGGCGUUAAAGUGGAGGGAGUAACUAAUGUGCAAGGGUUGGAGUUUGACAUAUUAUUCAUUAGCACAGUGAGAACCCACGAUGCCUCUACUGCAGAUGACAGCAGCAAAAAGAACAUGGGGUUCUUGUCUGAUCGCAAGCUACUGAAUACCGCCAUCACUCGGGCACGGUAUCGCCUUGUAAUCAUUGGGGACCCUGUGGCACUUUGCUCCACUGGGGAGUGCGGCGUGGUUUUCAGGAUGAUCCUUAAUAGGUGUAAUAGCAAUAAAACCUUUCAUUACCGCUUAUCUUUUGACAUGGUCAUCAGGAUGACGAAAGAAGCUAAGAGUGAAAGAGAGAACAAACCGGUGCAAAAGCAAGCCCCGACUGCCUCAAGUGUACCAAUGAGAAACGGCCCGCGGUACAUCCCAGCUGUCAACGCAGUCCCUCACAUAUCAGCCCCCGUUUUUCCAAGAGGACCCAUGCCAGGAAACCACAGGAAUGUCCCCUAUAUACAAGAUGGUCCACCCUUUGGAAUUUAUGGUCCUUUUCCAGGAAGACCUCAGAUUUUCAUCCGUCCCCAAGGCCCAUUUUUAAUGCAAAGACCACCCGUCCCUGUACCCGUGCAUUCUGUCCCCUUUGUUAGAAACCCCCCUCAGCAACAUCUACCUAAUGGUUUUGUGCCUCAGCCAGUGCUGCCACAGCAGAUGAAUCUACAACGUCAGUCAGCUCCCUGGGGUGUAACCCAACAAGCUGUACCACAUAACCCUCGUGUUGAAGUGUUGUCAGCACAGAACGGAACUGAAAACAUCCGUUCUGCUUCGCGUAGUUCAACACCUCCUUCUUCGUUCCAUUUGCGCGAUACAACCCCUAAUGUACAGCGGGGUGAAACAAUCAAUCAGCCGAGCUUGACCUCAGGAGAACCCCCGAUGGCACUUCUAUCGUCGCUUCAAUCUAGGUUGAAAGAAGUGCUGUCUGAAGAAAGAGAUUUGUUGGAUACGUUGAAAGCUUCCUCAAAAUCUUCCACUUACUCUGACAUUCAAGAAAACAUUGAUAGACAGAUAAGUCUGAACGAGAAGGAAAGUGAAGUUCUUCAGAAGCGCAUAUCGCUUCAUAGCGCCCUUAGCAGUCUCCUAGAAGGUGGGGAAUCUGAAAGUAACCAUAGUGACAAUAGUGGAUUUGACGCUAUUGAGAGUUCUGUGGCACGACAGAACCCUGAUGACUCGGAUGGAAUCUACACAGAAGAAGAUUACGAAGAUUCUGAGACAGAAGCUUGGUUCAGUGCACAACAGAAAGAUCCCAUCGUUCUGGAUUACAUCAAAGCGUUUGAAACUUUGACAUCCAGAACUGACAAUGAUUCCGAAGAAAGAGCCAUUUCUCCUCCAGUAUCAACCAAAGACAGCUGUUCGCCUGUUUGCAGUGACAGUACCUCAACGUCUAUUGGAGAGAGUCAGGAAUCCUCAUCCUUACAUGGAUGGAUCUUACAGCCCAGUGAGAGUACAGUUUACAUUGAAAAAUACUCCAUCAACGAAGAACACAUGGAAAGGGAAGAGGCACAGUCCAGAGUAGCUUCAGGUGAACUUGAGGCUUGUGCUCUGCAAAUUGAUAACCGCAGUGACGGUAGCACCGCCACUGCUAAGGUUUGUGAUCCAGACAGACCUGACAUUCGCAUCAACAGCCGCACUGACAUAAACAGAGCUUUUAAUGGAGAUAUGGUCGCUGUGGAGAUCACCAACAAGGACCGAGAUACAGGUGAUCCUCAAGGUAAAGUUGUGGCGAUUCUGAAGGAAAUUCACCCCAGGAAAGUAGUUUGCCGUUUGGACAGCCAAGACAGGAAUGUGAUGACGCCCAUUAACAGAUGUAACUCCAAGUUUGUCAUCUUGCAAAGCAGAGACCAUCAAGGGCAGACUGGGGUGGCUGUUUUCGCGAGGAGAGAUGAAAGAAUCAGUGUGACAAGUUUUGUGACGGAAACGGAAGGGAAGUUGUUUCUGGUGCAGCUCAUGAAAUGGGGAGCAAGUUACCGCUACCCUCUUGGCUUCGUUGUACAUUAUUUCAAGGAAGGCGGUGAUCCACACCUGUGCAUCCCAGUGUUGCUCGCAGAACAUGGCGUUCACAAACCACAUGCGAAAAAAAUCCAGAAUGAAGCCAAGAAAGAGUUCCCUCCCAAAUGGAGGAUCCCCGAGACAGAGCGCUCAAAGCGGACGAAUUUUGAAAAUGUGUUCAGCAUCGAUCCCUCUUCUUGCGUUGAAGUCGACGACGCGAUGAGUGUUUGUUGGAAUCAGGACGGAACUUUCAAAAUUGGCGUGCAUAUUGCAGAUGUGUCUUUCUUUGUGACCAAGGAUUCCACAUUGGACAAGGCUGCCCUAUCACAUGGAUCCUCUGUCUAUGGUUCUAAUGAGGCGUCCUACCACAAUUCCAUGCUGCCAUCCUACGUCAGCAAACAGCUUUGCAGUUUAGUUCCUGGUGAAGAAAGGUUGGCAAUUUCAGUUAUCUUUCACCUAAAUGAAGAAGGAGUAGAAGUUGUGCAACCUGAAAUUCAGCGCAGUAUCGUAACGUCUUGCUGUAAGCUAAGCUAUGAUCAGUGUCAAGAUGUUCUUGACGGUAGGAAGGUCGACAACAUCCCUGAACACGUUCAAAAGGGCGCUGGUAUCCUGGGUCAACUUUCUUUUAAAAUGUGGGCGCGAAGAGUGCGUCAAGGCUAUGCGGCCUUAGAACACGUGGUCAUUAAAACAGGCAUGUUGUCUUCCCAAAAGAUAGUAGAGGAGUUUAUGCUCUGGACUAACCGUGCAGUUGCCGAACUACUGCUGCAAAGCCCUCUCGCCAAAACACUGGUACCAUUGCGUCGACAGUUGGCCCCUAAGACCCAUCUUUUGAGAGAGAUUAACGACUUCUGUAUCGAGAAUGGUAUGGAACCGAGGCAAUACCUAGGUCUGCAAUGCAUAAGUGAAAUUUCCGACCACGAAGCUCAUCAGCGCAGCGAGGACUGUGUGACCAUUGGCUUGAAGACGUGGGAGACCGUAUCUGCAGCUUUAGAUGAAAAAGAUAUCGGAAAGGUAACCAUGGCAAUACUGAAGCAUGACAGCAAAGCUGGUGUUGGUAAAAUUCUGAGUCGUUUAGCGUCCAUCCAAGAACAAAGCGGCUACGUUGUGUCCUCCAGAUUACCUCCUGAGCAGCAGCGCCAUUUCGCUCUCAACGCGCCUUCAUACACGCACUUCACGUCGCCAAUAAGACGUUAUAUGGACAUUGUUGUUCAUCGUAUUUUGCUGGCUGUUCUUGAAAAUCACCACAUGCCUUACACAGAGGAAGAAGUGAAGAGUAUUUGUGAGACCUGUCAGAUGAUGUCGUCAAGGAUUUUCAUGUUUGAGAAUCAACUGGCAUCAGUGUCGAGGGCAGAUAUGAUAAAGAGCGACUCCAAGUGGAGGCUUGCUAACGUAGACUGCCUUGCACCAGACUAUAUACUGUUAGGAGGGGAUGAAAUCGAGCAUAUUUCUUCUUUCAACCGCUGUGUCAGGAUCCAUGAUUGCAAGCCGACACAUCGGGAAUGGCUGUCAGAGAAGGAAGAGUUGGUCCUUCGAUGGAAUAUCUUAGAAAUUAACGCAACAGGCCAAAGUGUAAGAACGGAGUGCAGCCAAGAGGAUGUCCCCGAUGAUUUUUCAUCUUCUACACAGCUGGAAUCUUCCGCUGAAGUCGCGCGACAGCUUCUGGAGAUGCCGAAAGAGCUUUGGUUUAAAUUUCUUCAGGGAUUUCGUUCUGAAGAUCUCCAUCAAAUGAACCAACAGCGUCAAAUGAUCGAUGCAAAGGCAGUGGUCCGCCUUGAGGAGAAACCGCUGAGUUCUAGUUGCAACAAUGCUCCAGAAGAAUCCACUCUAAUAAAUUCACGUGGCUGUCAUCAAGAUUUGAGCGCGCAUACCAACUUCUACCAGAGAGGAAAAACCAUUCCCGUCUAUUUAGAUGCUGAAGUACACCGUGGUCUCCCCCGGCCAAGCAUCCUAGCGGUGAGAUUUACCGAGUCGAUCGUGUGCUGUUUGAGGCAUCGCCGUCAUCCUAAUAAGUCCUUUGGAGUUCCACAGAUGGUGCCGACCAAAGCAACGUACAGUGACGCAAAAGAAUAUCAGACAGUUCUGCUGCCACUGCUCCAGUGCGAAGCAGCCACAUCCAGUGUCAAUUCGGAUUCAACUGGUCAAGUUAUUCUUCAAAAUGUUUCUGUUCAGUGGAAUGGAAAUGUCGGCGAGUUUACUCUUUCUAAGAUCUUGUGUGUAGCUCGUGGACUUAAUCUCUCUACUGGUGACUUCCUGUGUCUACGAUGUCACGCUUUACCUUGUAUAGUCCAUUGUUGUGUCACGCAAGUCGACAGCCGCGAUGAGACGGACGUGAUUCAGAUAGACUUAGUGGACCAUCCAGAUGGCUUCUCUGUUGAUGACUUAAAUCAGACUUCGUGGCUGUGUAGUAUAGAAGUCAUCGAACAAGGGCUCUCAUUUCGUCGUAUGAUAAGCGCAGUUAAGCGCCUUGGCGAAGCCACCGAACUUAUCAGAAGUGUUUUCUUGCGAAGGAACAUUCCUAAAUACCUCGCGCGGGCCCCAAUGCUCAAGGGACAAAGAAAGGAAGACACAAAGACUACUCUACACCUCAACCCUGGACAGGAAGAAGCAGUGAAGAAUGCUGUGAAUUUUUCUUUCACCCUGAUACAAGGACCGCCAGGAACCGGUAAGACCUACACUGGCGUAGAAGUUGCUUGUCAAUUUGCUGCCCUGAACAGAAAAGAAGGAAAUGGAGGACAGGUGUUAUUCUGUGCUCCUUCAAAUCAUGCAGUGGAUGUGGCGGCACGGAUACUCCAGACCACAGGACUGAAAGUGUUACGGAUAUAUGGUAAAACGAUCGAGCACCAAACUUUUAAACAGUCACUGAGGACAAACUUGCCCUCAGUACAAAGUGUUAUGGAUAAGAAUUGCGAAGAUAUAUCUUUGCAUUUUCGUGUCCGUAAGCGGAGUAAUCCGCAUUCGUCCAAGCUUAAAUCUAUUGAAGAUGAAGUCAUGCAGCUGAAAAAGAGGGCCAUAGCGAAAGAUCUGGCCAAAAAUCAGGAGAGAAACACAAAGGAUUUGUGUCUGAAAGUACAAGAGUUCUACCAUGUAUUAGAUAAAGCAGAGCGACACGAAAUUGCAGAGACUGGAACGGAAGUAAUUCUGUGCACGUGCAUCGAGGCUGGGAGCUCACGUGUGAAGCGUCACGCACGUGUCUGUCAGGUCAUCAUAGACGAGGCCAGCAUGUGCCUUGAGCCAGAAAGCUUAGUAGCUCUAAAUUCUGCUGGUCAGCCGCUGAAGCAAGUGGUGUUGCUUGGAGACCACAAGCAGUUGGGUGCUGUGAUAAUGAGUUCUGUCCCGCGUAAGCUUGGUCUUGGCAAAUCUUUGUUUGACGUACUCUUUAAUGUCCCGAAUGCAGGCCAAACCUUCUCCUUGUGCAAGUUACAGACGCAGUAUAGAAUGCAUCCAAGUAUUAGGGAGUUUCCUUCAAAACAUUUUUAUGAAGAUCUCCUGAAAGAUUCUCCACAUCUAACCAAACCAAAACGUGUUUCCAAGGGACUGGUACAAAACUUCUGGCCGGGAGGAUCAAAUGUCCGCGUCGUCUUUUGUCAUGUUGUGGGAACUGAGGAGAGUCCCCAAGACUACACGGGUCCUGAAGGCCGCGAGGAGUCUAAGCACAACCCGCAAGAAGUAAAUGUAGUGGUGCUGAGAAGGACUUUGUAGUUUUGUCUACAGUGCGAAGUCUGCCAGUAGAACAGAUCACAGGCAGCUCGGAGAAUCAACAAUGGUUAGCGAAUCACUUAGGUUUUCUUAUCGAUGAGCGGCAAAUGAACGUGGCUCUCACUCGUGCAAAGCACGGUCUAAUAAUUAUUGGUAACCGUCAUUUGUUAGCGGUGCACAACAUGUGGAACAACUUGGUAUCUCACUGUCAGAGAUUGCACUGCUUAGUGGAUGAAAAAUCCUGGCAACCUGCCAAGAACACAUCAUAAGCUGUUCACCUAGCAGAGACUGGUGUCACGCAACGCCAAGCAUUGCGUGACAAGUCGAAAAACUACAUUAUUUCAGAAUUUGUUUCAAUGGCAUAGAAUUUUGGUGGAGUAUCUUGUUAUUUAAAAGCUUAAAUAUAGAGUAGGUAUGUUUUAUUAUUAUUACACCGAAUGGUACAAAUUUAGUUCAACUGAGAAAGGAGGCAUUUAACCCGGUUGCAAAUGGUAAACACGAAAAAUUGGGGAACGUUUUUCUUUAUGGUAUGGAAAAACGAAAUCGCUCUUUGUUAAGGGAUCUUUCUUGGCGCCUUAUCAAUUUAGGUUAUUUGAAUUCAGUUUAAAUUAAUCGUUUUUAUCAUCAAUUACAAGUCCAACCUCGUUCCCAGGGCCUUAUUCCGUAAUUGGGAUGGGGAAAAGGGAAAAGGCCCUGGGAACGAGGUUGUUAUAAGUUAGUUGUUAUAAGUUAUAAGUCUUUGUUUAUCGCCUAGGGGAGGGGGGAUUUCGGAGGAUUUUGGUUGUGUCAUGAUAAAAUUUACCUGAUUCCCCCAUAAGGCUCUGUUAUAAUCCCUAUGAUCCCCCUCAGUGACAGUUAAUUGGAAGUUUAUUGUCUAUAGUCCCCCCCCUCCUUUAUACUCUGUUAGCGACAACUGAUACCCCUCCGUUCUCCCUGAAAACCAUGCGAUCCCCAAAAUUGCUCCGCCCACCUCGUAGAUAAGUAAUGAUUCCCCCUCCCUCAUCGGCAGUCAAUUGUCUGUAUCCCCCCUUUAUACUCUGUUGACGAUAACUGAUGCCCCUCCGUUCUUCCUGAAAACCAUGUGGUCCCCCCCAAAAUCUUCUGCCCACCCCGGAGAUAAGAAAUAAUUCUCCCCUCUACCUCAUUGGCAGUCAAUUGGCAGUCAGUUGUCUGUAGUUUCCCCCCUUUAUAAUCUGAUGGCGAUUACUGAUCCCCCUCCGUUCUCCCUGAAAACCAUGUGAUCCCUAAGAUCCUCCGAACUCCCCCUAACCCCUCCCCUCCCUCGGUAAUAAUUAAUGAUUAGUCCCUUAUAUCUAAUGGUAUCGUAUCUCUGUAAAUUCUUACGCUGUUUUUUUUUUUUUAGCUUUUAUUUUUAACAUAUUGGCUAUGGUGAAACACGAACCAGAAAGAGUUUAAUAGUUAGUGGAAUUUCAUUUUGAAUAGGUAUUUUAUUUCUCAUUUUGUAUAUUUUUUACAAAUGGAUUCUUAAAAUGUCUUUAUUUGUACAUAUUACGCGAACUACAACUUAAGUUAUAAAGCUAGUGCAAAUUCACUCUUUUAACGUAAUUUAUGGCUGCAAAUACGGCACAAAAAUUGUGCAAUUUUUAUAAAUUGCUCGAACUUGUAGUAAUUACACUAAGUUACCUUU